AUGAGAAAAAGGAAGGUAAGGAUAUCUAUCUAUCUAUCUAUCUAUCUAUCUAUCUAUCUAUCUAUCAAACAUGGUGAGGAAAUAUAUCUGUCUGUCUUGAUCUAUUGUCUAUCUAUCUAUCUAUCUAUCUAUCUAUCUAUCUAUCAGUUUAGUUCAUUCUUUUUUGCUCUCUUUUUUCCAUUAUGCACACUAUUUAUCUUCUUCAUUUCUUUCUUUCUCUCUUUGUUUCUUUCUUUUUUUGUAUAUCACUCUCUUUUUCUUUUCUUUCUUCAUAAAAAGACUAUCUUUUUAUUUCUUUUUCACUCUUUCUUUCAUCCUGUGCCUCCUACAUUCAUUGUUUUUCUUUCUUCUUAUGCCAUGCUUUUCCUUCAUUUUUUUUUGUUUUUAUACACCACUCUUCUUUCUUUCUUUCUUUCUUUGUAUUCUUUUUUAUACCUCAUUCUUCGUUCCUUUCUUUCUUUCUUUCUUCAUAUGCCACUUUUGGCAACUCUUUUCAUCACCUUUCUCAUAGAACACUCCCUUCUUUCUUCCUUAGUAUCUUUUUCUCCCUUUUUCUUUCUUUGCCAAUUUCUUUUUCUUUCCUUUCCUUUUUCUUUCUUUCUUCAUAUCCCACUCUUUUACUUUUCUUUUUCCUUCAUAUACCACCUUUCUUUCUUUCUUUCUUUCUUUGUAUUAUUUUUCAUGUGUCAUUUUUCUUUCUUUUAUUCUUCAUGUGUCCCUUUUUGUAACAUUUUCCAUUACCUUUUUCGCACACAACUCUCACCUGUCUUUCUUUCUCAGUCUUUUUUUCCCCAUUUUCUUUCUUUCUUUUUCAGUCUCUUUUUUUUCCUUUCCUUUUCUUUUCUUUCUUCAUAUUCUACUCUUUACCUUUUCUUUUUCUUCAUACAUAACUUUUCUUUCUUUUUUUUUUUUCUUCAUGUGCCAAUUUUGGCAACUCUUUUCAUUACCUUUUCAUACACCAGUCUCUCAUUUCUUACUAUUUUUCUCAAUCUCUUUUUCUUCCAUUUUCUUUCUUUCAUUUUCAGUCUCUUUUUCUUUCCUUUCCUUUUUCUUCCUUUCUUCAUAUUCCACUUCUUUCUUUUUCUUCAUACAUCACUUUUCUUUCUUUCUUUCUUUCUUUCUUUCUUUCUAUGCCAAUUUUGGCAACUCAUUUUAUUACCUUUUUUCAUACACCAGUCUCUCCUUUCAUUUUUACUAUCUUUUUCUUCUCUUUUCUUUCUUUCUCAGUCUCCUUUUGUUUGUUUCUUUCUUUCUUUCUUUGUGUGUUUGUUGGUUUGUUUCUUUCUUUCUUACAAAGUCUGUGAAUUUCAUUCCCUUUAA